AACUUUGCUUGAUCGUCUUCUACGCAAGUUUGUGAUUUCCAAAGUUGUGCUAAUUUCAGGAAAAAUCCCGUAAAGUACACAAUUUCCGCAGUUUUUCCGCUAGUGUCGAGCCAGAACCAGCAUCAACCAUGGUCGUCAGGGAUUACAACACGGAGCUUACGUACAUCGAGCGCAUCUCGACCAACAGCUUCCGCAUCAAAAAGGGCUUCCAACCGAACAUGAACGUCGAGGGAAUUUUCUACGCCAACUCCCGGCUCGAGAAGCUCAUGUUUGACGAGCUGCGCAACUCGUGCCGACCCGGAAUGACCGGCGGAUUCCUGCCGGGGGUCAAGCAGAUUGCGAAUGUGGCGGCGCUGCCGGGGAUUGUGGGCCGGUCGGUUGGAUUGCCGGACAUUCACUCCGGGUACGGGUUUGCGAUUGGGAACAUGGCCGCGUUCGAUAUGAGCGAUCCGACGUCGAUUGUGUCGCCGGGUGGAGUUGGAUUUGACAUUAACUGCGGCGUGAGACUGCUGCGGACGAAUCUGUUCGAGAAGGACGUCAAGCCGGUUCAGGAGCAGUUGGCGCAGAGUCUGUUUGAUCACAUUCCGGUGGGUGUUGGGUCGAAGGGAAUUAUUCCGAUGAAUGCUCACGAUCUGGAGGAAGCGCUGGAGAUGGGCAUGGAUUGGUCGCUGCGGGAGGGUUACGUUUGGGCCGAGGACAAGGAGCACUGUGAGGAGUAUGGACGGAUGUUGACGGCCGAUCCGAGCAAGGUCAGCAUGCGGGCCAAGAAGCGUGGCUUGCCGCAGUUGGGAACGCUUGGCGCUGGAAAUCAUUACGCCGAGAUUCAGGUCGUCGAGGAAAUCUACGACAAGUACGCGGCCAGCAAGAUGGGCAUCGAAGAACUGGGUCAAAUUUGCGUCAUGAUCCACUCGGGAAGUCGUGGCUUCGGUCACCAAGUCGCCACUGACGCACUGGUUGAGAUGGAAAAGGCCAUGAAGCGUGACAAGAUCGAAACCAACGAUCGUCAACUGGCCUGCGCCCGCAUCAACUCUGUUGAAGGCCAAAACUAUCUGAAAGCCAUGUCCGCAGCGGCCAAUUUUGCCUGGGUCAACCGCAGCUCGAUGACGUUCCUUACCCGGCAGGCCUUCGCCAAGCAGUUCAACACAACCCCGGACGAUCUGGACAUGCACGUGAUCUACGACGUGUCGCACAACGUGGCCAAAAUCGAAGAACACAUCGUCGAUGGGCGUCCCAAGCAACUCCUGGUUCAUCGCAAAGGCUCAACCCGUGCCUUCCCACCGCACCAUCCCCUCAUUCCGGUCGAUUACCAGCUCACCGGUCAACCCGUCCUUGUCGGCGGUUCCAUGGGAACGUGCAGCUUCGUGCUGACCGGAACCGAGAAGGGAAUGGCCGAAACGUUCGGCUCAACGUGCCACGGCGCAGGUCGUUCUCUGUCGCGAGCUAAAUCACGCCGUAAUCUGGACUACAAGGACGUCCUGCGGGAUUUGGAGGCGAAGGGAAUUUCCAUCCGGGUGGCGUCGCCGAAGCUGGUCCAGGAGGAAGCACCCGAUUCGUACAAGGACGUGCGCGAUGUGGUGCAGACCUGCCACGACGUGGGCAUCAGUUCCAAGUGCAUCAAGCUGCGGCCGAUUGCGGUGAUUAAGGGUUGAGAAGAGCGUGGGGAAUGGGAGGGGAAAUUGUGUGGAAAGUGUGAGCAUUUUUGAACAUUUGUGAUGUACGAAAAUUACAUUGAAUAAAGUAAAAGUAAAUUAAUAUUGA